AUGACUUUUGCUUCUUCCAGUGCAAAUUUUACUUUACCAUCGGUGGACGAUGGUUUUAGUAAACGAAAUUCUCGUCGUCGAGAAGUCUACGUGAUCGACGGUAUCAAACGACAACUUCAUCAACAAGUACAAACGGCUUUUGAUCAAAUUGCUCGUCUCAAUGAAGCUAAACAACAAUUAAUUCGAGAUUUACAAGAUAAACAUACAGCUUUUGGUAUAUGCGAAGAGAAUUUACAAUUAAAUGAAUUUUCACCAAAUAUUAGUUAUAAACCUGAUCCAUGCCGACCAAUCAAAGGACAAAUAACACCUGAAGAAUGGCAUGCUUUCUCAAAAUAUAAUAAAGAUCGGGCAGAAAAAGAAAUCUAUGAAUCAACACGUCUUCGCGAAAGUAUUUUUCAUACAAUGGGUCAAUCAUCAGCUGAUCUUGAAUCACAAGGAAAAGCCAGUGAAUAUGCAUUACGAAAACGCCUACAUGAACUUGAACGUGCACUUAAAGAACUUGAAUGGCAAAAGAAACAGACGGAAGAAGAAAUUCUUAGCAAUGAAAAUGAUAUUGAUCGUUUGGAAAAAUCUAUUCGAGAUAAAGAGCCAAUGAUUAAAUUAGCUAUGACACGACAAGAAAAUCGUCAUAGUAGACCUGGCAUGGAUUUAGUUCGCGAUGAAGUUUCAUAUGGAUUAUGCGAUGAAAUUCAACAACUAAAAGCUGAAAAACGUGCCUUAGAGGAUCAAUUAAAACAAACCAAACAUGCAUGGAAUAUUCUUCAACAACAAUUACAUCGCAUUGAAGAUGAAAUUGCUGUAAAAUCAAAUUCAAUUAUGCUUGAAAACCGAGCAUUAGAUACUCGACGCCGUCUUAAUACCGAAAUAGCACCAAGUACAGAAACUGAUCGUAAUCAACAAUUACUUAACAUGGAUGCAAGUGGCAUUCGUCCAAUACUUCAACCAACUUUCUAA